CUCAUAAAUUCUCUCUCGCUGCCCACCGAUCAACCACCCCGCUUCCCCCGACCGCGUCUCGGAGCACCCUUCUCAACCGCAUCCUGCCUCUGCUCGGUGUCGCCGUCUCGACUGCAGGAGAGGGGAGCGCCCCGUCGCCGAUCUGAUCGGGAGCCGGAGGCCAAGCGUCGAGGUGAGCCCGUCAGGAACCGCCAUGGCAGCGGCCGCCGCCGAUUCCGACACCGCCGCAGCUGUGGGCGCCAUGUCCACCUGCGCCCACUGUCAGCGAGAAAUCCCAUUUUUGAACAUCGACUUGCACUCUGUACAUUGCGCCCGCAACCUCCAAAAGUGCCAGCACUGCGGCGAAAUGAUUCCUAGGAAACUUAUGGAUGAACAUUAUGAUGAAAACCAUGCCCCGAUCAAUUGCUCCCUUUGUAAAGAAACAAUAGAACGUGAGAGCUGGGAUCUUCAUAAAGGUGAAAAGUGCCCACAAAGAAUUGUCGCUUGUGAAUAUUGCGAGUUUGAAUUGCCUGCAGUUGAUCUCCAUGAACAUCAGGAUGUAUGUGGAAACCGAACAGAGCUUUGCCAAACAUGCAGGAAGUAUAUUAGACUGCGUGAAUGGACAGGGCACGAAAUACAGUGCCAUACAAACUCAAAUGGUUCUGCAGACACAUCCCGAGCAAUUCCAGAGAGAGAACUACGACCGCCGCCGCCGCCAGUGCGACAGGCGCGACCAGCACGUCCUGCCCACGCUUCACCACACAAGCGGCUCCUCUUCACAAUCGCCGUCACUGGAAUAGCAGUUAUGAUCGGCUCCAUACUGUUCCAGAGGGACGAGGGUUUCUAGCUCCAGUAGCCAUGGACUCGCUCUGUCAAGGUGCUUCUUGACCGGGAGAGUCAUGCGGUCAUGCCACAGGAAGGUGGUAUUAAUGUAUAAUAACUCGUUCGAAUCAAUUACAAUAACUGGAGUUUGUUAGGGAGUAUAGCCCCAGGCAUGCAUUCGUCAAAAGGCGAAGUUAUGUUCUGCCCCUGGCAGUUCUGAGACUUGUGUUUGCUUUGACACUGCACUUGAAUUUGUUCAUCUGUAAGUCAGAGAUGAGUUAUACAAUCGGCCAGUGUCA